UGUAAUUAUAACACAGGUCAUUCGUCUGAGUUUGUGAAAAACCGAAGUUGUUAUCGCUUUGCAGUAGAUACUUCUAUCUUCUCGUAGAAGUUUAUCAAUACACAGAUGAAUUGCCAUUUAAUCAAAUCACUCGCAACCGUCGUGACAAAUCAAGGAUCAGUGUUCGCCAAUGGAAGGAUCCGAUCGCCGUCUGCUGCGGCCGAGCAUCAGGCGAUGCUGCCGGUUUCAGCUAAACCACCCGCAAGCGGCCAGUCAACAAAAGUAUACCGCGAGUUUUCUGGUCUGAUGACAAGGCAAUAUUGCUCAAUUCCCGACAUUGCAGUGAUGUAUGGUGCAGGCGAUGCAGUGGAGAUGCAAUCGCCAUCUUCGGUAUCAACGCGGCCAGUUUUUGUGGGUCCGGCCGAACGGGACGUGGCGAGCGGUGACUUGGUCUGUCCGCCGAGGAAAUCGUCUAGUUCGAUGCUGAAAAUGUACGUAACAUUUUGCGCAACUGAAGCUUCGGCCGAAAUUCAAACCGGAUUAACAAAACCGGCCGAUAUGCCAACUUCUUUGGAUUCAAUAACCAGCCACGAAGCUGGAAUAGAGUUUAAGGUAACUACGUGGGCGCCGUACGUGGUGGGUAUUGAAUAUUUUCAAGCUUAUAAUUUUGUCGAUCACGGUUGUUUCAUGAUUCAUACUACACCGAAUCAGUAG